GUAUUGCUCCGCGGGGGAGUCAGCACGUCAGUAGUAAACAGUGGCAGGAGGACGGUGUGUCACACCCGCUAGUUAUCUCUCACUCUCCUCGUCCUGCCUCGACAUGUUGCCCUCAUAGCGUGGUCACACUCUCCUCGCAUACUCCUCUCACCAUGUCCUCGGCGGAGUUCGUCUUCAUCCCGCCGCCGGAGGGUCCUGUAUUUAAGCCAACAUGGGAAGAGUUUCAGGACGCCCUUGGAUAUAUUAACAAGAUACGACCCAUCGCCGAGCAGUCCGGGAUUUGUAAAAUUAUUCCUCCACCGGACUGGCAGCCUCCAUUUGCAGUUGACGUUGAUAACUUCAAGUUUACACCUCGUAUUCAAAGAUUGAAUGAACUUGAAGCUCACACAAGAAUAAAAUUGAAUUUUUUGGACCAAAUUGCUAAGUUUUGGGAGCUACAAGGUUCAUCAUUGAAGAUACCAGUAGUUGAGAGGAAGGCUCUAGAUUUAUAUUCACUACAUAGACAUGUUUGGUCUGAAGGAGGAAAUGAAGUGGUCUCAAAGGAACGCAAGUGGAGUAAAAUAGCUUCACGUAUGGGAUUUCCAUCAAAUAAGAAUUUAGGAACUUUACUAAAAUCUCAUUAUGAGCGAAUACUUCAGCCUUACGACAUUUUCAACAGAGGGAAGAUCUUGCCAAAUAUAAAAACAGAAGUUAAGGAAGAGGAUGUGGAUACUUCUAAUAAGGACUACAAGCCUCACAAGAUCCCUAGUCGCAUGGCUGGAAAGAUACCUGAAAGUGAGAAAAAUGGACGCCGUUCUCGCCGUCACCCAGAUAAUGGAGACGUGAAAACCGACACCCAGGUUGGUUUUGGGUCAGACGAUGAGGAAGACGGGAAAGGCAGCAAGGAGCUGAAGAGGCUGCAGUUUUAUGGUGCUGGGCCUAAGAUGGCUGGCUUUGACAAGGCCUCACCAGAGGAUACAGGAAAGACUCGUGGCAAGAAAGUUGAUUAUUCUGAUCAGGACCCGCUGGCAAAAUACAUCUGCCUAAAUUGUGGCCGUGGGGAUGCAGAAGACCAGAUGUUACUCUGUGAUGGCUGUGAUGACUCGUAUCACAUCUUCUGCCUAGUGCCACCUCUUCUUGAUAUCCCUAAAGGUGAUUGGCGGUGUCCAAAGUGUGUUGCAGUUGAAGUAAGUAAACCGGUGGAGGCAUUUGGAUUUGAGCAAGCCCAAAAAGAAUACACUUUACAGUCCUUUGGAGAAAUGGCAGACAAGUUCAAACAAGAUUACUUCAAUAUGCCAGUCCAUUUAAUACCUACAGAAAUGGCAGAGCGGGAGUUUUGGCGCAUUGUUUCUUCAAUAGAUGAGGAUGUGACUGUAGAAUACGGUGCAGAUCUCCACACAAUGGAUCAUGGCUCUGGGUUCCCCACAAAGAGUUCAAAGAACUUGAUGCCAGCUGAUCAGGAAUAUGCAAUUAGUGGCUGGAACCUCAACAACUUGCCAGUAUUGGAGGGGUCUGUCCUUGGGCACAUUAACUGUGACAUCUCUGGUAUGAAAGUCCCCUGGAUGUAUGUUGGAAUGUGCUUCUCAACUUUCUGUUGGCAUAAUGAAGAUCACUGGAGUUACUCUAUCAAUUAUUUGCACUGGGGAGAGCCCAAGACUUGGUAUGGGGUGCCGGGAGCACAAGCUGAGCUCUUUGAGUCUGCCAUGAAAAAAGCUGCACCAGAGUUGUUCCAGGCACAACCAGAUCUGCUUCAUCAGCUAGUCACUAUUAUGAACCCAAAUAUUUUAAUGAAAGCAGGGGUGCCAAUUGUGAGAACAGACCAACAUGCUGGAGAAUUUGUGAUAACUUUUCCAAGAUCUUAUCAUGCUGGAUUUAACCAAGGCUAUAAUUUUGCUGAGGCUGUCAACUUUGCUCCACCUGACUGGCUGGCUAUCGGGCGUGAGUGUGUGCUCCACUACAGUAAUUUGAAGCGUUACUGUGUCUUCUCUCAUAAUGAACUGGUUUGUAAAAUGGCGUCCACUCCUGAUGAAUUAGAUUUAACAGUAGCAGCAGCUACAUACCAAGAUAUGCUGCGAAUGGUGGAUUUGGAAAAGAAGCUACGAAGAUCACUCCUUCAUUGGGGAGUAACAAGUGCAGAAAGAGAAGCAUUUGAGCUUCUACCAGAUGAUGAAAGACAAUGUGAUUUCUGCAAAACAACAUGUUUUCUGUCAGCUGUGACCUGCACCUGUGUCCAAGACCGCUUAGUGUGUUUAAGACAUUAUAAAAUGUUAUGCGAAUGUCCACCAGAGAACCACACACUCAGAUAUCGGUACACUUUAGACGAACUUCCUCCCCUACUGCAACGUUUAAAAGUACGAGCUGAAUCCUUUGACCAUUGGGCUGUCAAGGUGAAGGAAGCUUUAGAAGCAAAGCCAGAAGACAAGUUAGAAUUGAGUGAUCUGCGAGAGCUAGUAGAGGAAGCAGAAGCACAGCGGUUUCCAGAGAGUGAAUUGUUGCAGACUUUGAUUCAAGCAGUGACAGAGGCAGAAAAAUGUGCCACUGUUGCUGCUCAUCUUGCCACAAAGAAGGUUCGCACCAGGUCAGUUGAGUGGCUAGAAGAGGUGGAAGAAACACUGGAGGACAGCACAUCUGUGACCGUGGAGUGUGUACGCAAGCUUCUCGACACAGGAAUCGCAUUACCCCCUCAUCCUCGAAUUGAAAAGGCCAUGGCCCAGUUGCAGCAAUUACUUACAAAUAUGGAAACAUGGGAAGAAAAGGCUAGUCAAGUACUGAAUGCUAAGCCAGGCAUAAGUGUAAGUAAGGGUGAAGAGUUGGUAAAGCAAGCAGAGGAGGUGCCUGCACACCUCCCAAGUGUUGCUGCCCUGAAGGAUGCUGUUAAAAGGGCAAGGGAGUGGACAAAUAAGGUAGCCACUCUGCAGAAAGGUGAGACUGCUCCUCUUCUAGAGACGAUAGAAGGACUAGUUGCUAGAGGCCGUCCUGUGUCCUUGCACCUAGAGGCAUUGGCUGGACUAGAAGAGAAUGUUGCUGCAGCACACGCAUGGUUAGAAAAGACAUCACGGACUUUCCUCAAGAAGAACUCUCAUCUUGCUUUGCUAGAGGUAUUGGUCCCAAAAACCCUUGAUUUGGUGGGGGUAUCGGGUAAGGGGGAAACGGGGGGGAGCGGGAAGGAUGUCUGCCAGCAGCAAAAAGCUCAGCUUUUGGUUAUAAGUCUUGAAGAUGCACAAAACCCUCCCACAGUUGUAAAAGCUUUAAAAGUUUUUUUUGGCUUUCAACAGGAAUGUGAAGAGCGAGAGUUGGGAGCCAUGAGAGCACUCAGAGCCCACAAUCGCAAUAAACGUGAUGGUGAUAACCCACAAGAAGGAGCAACCUUCUGUCUAUGCCAUAAGCCCCCACAGCCCAAUAUGCUCACCUGCUCUUUGUGUCUUGACCUGUUUCACAGUGCAUGUGUACCAUCUUCACAUCGUACUAAAGUUAAAUUGAGCAGUGAAGGUCGAUUUUUGUGCCCAUCUUGUGAACGUUCUCGGCGUCCACGUCUUGAGACGAUCCUCGCUCUUCUUGUUGCCCUCCAGAAGUUGCCACUAAGACUACCAGAAGCUGAAGCACUACAAUGCUUAACAGAGCGAGCCAUGUCUUGGCAGGACAGAACUCGGCAACUUAUGAAGACUGAAGAAUUGACAGCUGCCUUGGGGAAGUUGUCCGUGUUUUCACAAAAGCUCAUCGAAGCUCAUGCCAAACAGCAUAAACCAGUCUCGCCUGACAUACAGGAUGAAAAAAUGGAAGUAGAUGAAUCAACAAAUGAUGAUUCAUUGUUAAGUGAAGAUGGAGAAAAAGAGAAAGAAAAUAAGGCAGAGGGUGAAUCAAGGGUAGAUAUAGAUAGAGAGGGUAACAAAAAAUCUGAAGAAGGAAGUUGGGAGCAUGCUUAUUCAAGUAACAAACAAAUGAGGGAAAAGAAGACCGAAGCUGACAAAGCCCGAUGGAGCCGUCUUGUCGCUGCCCUAAUAGAAGACGAUGAUGCGCCUUUGAUAUCCCUUUCAACAAGCACUAUGUCACAAGUACAAGACCUUUUAGUUGAAGGGGAGCUAUUAGAAGUUAGUCUUGAUGAAACAACCCAUUUAUGGAGAGUUUUGCCUGCCAACAAUCCUCCUGCUAUGUUGGAAGAUACACUUUUGUCUUUGAACUCUUCCAGUAAUAGCAGUGAAGAAAGCAAAGCCAAAAAGACAGCGGCUAAGAAGCGAAAAUCUCAAGGUGAAGGACUAGACGAUAUUCAGCCUAAGUCUCCACAAAAAUCUCCUUUGAAGAAAACAAAAAUGACAAAACUAUGUUCUACUCCUAUUGAAGGAAGGACAGCAAAAGGAGUGGUAAAGAAGAAACUUAACCUUGCCAAAUGUGGGGAAAAGAAAAAAAGGGAAGGAGGCCCAAAUAAAGAUGGCCCCAGGAAGAAGAACAUGGGUCUUGGAAAAAAGAAAAAGAUGCAUUCUGCCUCAUCAAACAGUAUGCAGAGUGAGGAUGAUGAUGAUGAUGAUGACAUUGAUGAGGCAUGUGCUGCAAGCAAAUGCCAUCAUCCAGCUGGACAGAAUGUUGAUUGGGUUCAGUGUGAUGGGUGUGAGGGCUGGUUCCACUACAUUUGUGUUGGACUUAAGGCAGGCGACGUUCAUGAAGAUGAGGAUUACAUGUGCUUGAAGUGUGCCACCAAACAGCCUCCUUCCAAGCCAGGGGAGUUGACGGAAGAAGAAAGUGUGGACAUCCUCCUCAGCCUAGCUACAAGCUUGCCACCCAAGGAGUCUCCUUCACAGAAGUAAUGUGUGCUACUGUCAUACUGGAAAUGUAAAUGCUAGGGUGCAUUCAGGCUUCAGACUCGUGCUGGCAUGUGAGCUUGUGUCCCCUUGAAAUAUUGAUUGUGAAAGGAGAAUAAUCAAUAUAUAAAAUAUUUAUAUUGGGAUUUUAUUAGCUUCUAAUGAAGCUAAAUAUCCUAGUAAUAUACGAGUGCUAUUUAUGGCAAAAUUUGCUAUUAAAACAGCUGAACUACAGCUUAGAUUUGAAAUAAGCAGAUGACUGAUGUACAAGUGUUAGAAUUUAUCUGCUGUGUUUAUAAAGCAGAAAAGCAUUUUGUAACUGGUGGAUAAUCUUUGCUUAUAUUAGAAUUAUGAUACCUGUUAGGGUCUUUUGUUUCAAAACCAAUGCAUACUAAAUGUUUUCAGCAGCUAGUUUGAUAUAUGUGAAACUCCAAUUUUGUAAACUCGACAAGAGCUACCAGGUACUUCACCUUUUUAUUUAGAGCUGGAGAUUACACUCCAGUAUCAGUAUUUGUUAACAAUAUGCCAGGCCAAAUAUUAUAUAUAGGUAGAUCUGAUAAAAUGUGUUGUCACUUCAAAUUUGAUCAAGAAUUUGCAGUAGAUAAGUGCCCCUUUUUUAUGUAGGCCCUUUUGAAAACCAGUUCUCUUGUACAGUCAGUUCUUUUUUUUUUCUUUCAUGUUUUUCAAGCACUUCAUUGGGUGGGCUCAUCUCAAUCAUUUGACAAUUUUACAAGGGUAAUUUUUGCUUUGGUUCCUCUUAGGAUGUGUGUAAAUGCAAUUAGUCUGUACAAAACUUAUUGAGAGAAUUGAGCUGUAGAUUAUACGCUAUAUCCUUACCAUUUAAAAUGUGCAAUUGUAAUAUUUCCUCUUUUUCAUAUUAGUCAUACCUCACAAAGUCUUUGCCUCGAACGUACAAAUUCUUGUCCAUGUCAGGUUUGCCAUUUUCAUUAUAAAUCAUCAAUAUUUUAUUUAAAAUAUUAAACAUAAUAAAAAUUCUUAGCAUUAUUCAGAGAUAUUUAAGUAUAUUGCAGAUUUCUUCAUUGCUUAGUACAUGUAAUGGCUCCACUAGUCAUGUAAUUGAAUAGGGAAGAUGUUUUGAAUAGGUAAUGAGCCAUGUACUCAGAAAAAGUUCAUAACUCAAUGGGAAGCACUGAGAUGUGCCCAGUAUGAUGGUUUAUUCCUUUGGUUUUGCAAUAAUUACCAAAAUAUAUAAAACAUGUCACAUGAAGAAGCUUUUUUAGGACUUAACUUCUAAAGGAAGGCUUAAAUGAAAAUUUGUUUAUUUAUAUAAAGUUUAGAGAAUGUCCUGAAAACUGAAGUCUGCCAUUAAUUUUGGGGCAUCUCUCACUAUUUUUUCUUUAAUUUCUGUAACUAAUUUUUAGUUUCCCUAUUUCUCUUCCCCCUCCCCCACCACACACACUCUUUCUCUCUCUCCCUCUUUCUUUUUCUUUCUCUCCCUCUUUCUUUUUCUUUUACCUUCUCUUUCUUUCUCUUUCUCUUUUUCUCUCUCCUCUCUCUGCCUCUUUUUUUUUUUUACACAGGGUUUGACAAGGUUAGGUUAAGGAUCCCUAGCUUUAUUGAUAAGCUAUUUACAGGUUAAGGAUUCCUAACUUUAUUGAUAAGCAAAGAGCUAUUACCUACAUUAGCUCAUUUGAAAGCAUUUUUAUUGUUAUGAAACAUACAUGUAGGGAACAGGAUGAAGUUGUAGCCAUCUGUGGGCUAAUUUUUUCAUCUGAUCAACUGACUUUAUCUCGUUGACAUCAUAAUGCUGUACGAAUGUGUUCCAUACUCGAGUCAUCCUGGGAAUAAAUGAUCUCAGAUGAAGUGAUGUUCUGGAGAAGGGUACAGCCAGAGUGAAGUUGCUGCUUUCUGCCCGUCUUGUGGUAUAGAAACUUACUUCACGCUGUCCUCUCUCUCUCUCUCUCUCUCUCUCACUCUCUCUUUGACUCUCUCUCUCUUUGACUCUCUCUCUCUUUGACUCUCUCUCUUUGACUCUCUCUCUCUUUGACUCUCUCUCUUUGACUCUCUCUCUCUUUGACUCUCUCUCUCUUUGACACUCUCUCUCUUU